AUGAGUCGCCAUAUAACUGAUGUUAUGGAUGAAGAAACAGACAAAGAUGCCCAAAUUAUCACAUCUCCCACAAACAUUGAAAUGGAAAAAGAUCUUGAAGUCCCCGAAGGAAUCGUAUUCGAAUCCCACGAGUCCGCAUAUUCCUUCUACCAAGAAUACGCAAAAUCCAUGGGAUUCACCACAUCAAUAAAAAACUCGCGAAGGUCAAAAAAGUCAAAAGAAUUCAUCGAUGCUAAAUUCGCAUGUUCAAGAUACGGAGUCACACCAGAAUCCGAUUCGGGUACAAGUAGGCGUCCAAGUGUGAAAAAAACCGACUGCAAAGCAAGCAUGCAUGUGAAAAGAAGAAAAGACUCAAAAUGGUACAUUCAUGAAUUCAUUAAAGAACAUAACCAUGAACUUUUACCUGCUUUAGCUUACCAUUUCCGCAUCCACAAAAACGUAAAAUUAGCCGAAAAAAACAACAUCGAUAUUCUACACGCAGUUUCCGAACGAACAAAAAAGAUGUACGUUCAAAUGUCGCGACAAUCGGGCGCGUAUCGUAACGUUGACUUUUCAAGAAACGAGUUAAAUUACCAAUUUGACCGUGGUAGGUAUCUAGCACUUGAAGAAGGUGAUGGUCAAGCUAUGCUCGAGUAUUUCACGCAUAUCAAAAAAGAAAAUCCGAAUUUUUUCUACGCGGUUGACUUAAACGAAGACCAACGUUUAAGAAACUUGUUAUGGGUCGAUGCCAAAAGUAGAAAAGAUUACAUAAAUUUCACCGAUGUUGUUUCUUUCGAUAUCAGUUACGUUAGAAGCAACGACAAAAUGCCAAUUGCUCUGUUUAUCGGUGUGAAUCAUCAUUUUCAAGCUAUGCUGCUUGGAUGCGCGAUUGUCGCAGACGAAUCCAAAACAACUUGUGUUUGGUUGAUGAAAACAUGGCUACGCGCAAUGGGAGGGAAAUAUCCGAAAGUUGUGAUCACUGAUCAAGGAAAGGCGGUGGAGGCGGCCGCCAUGGAAGUUUUCCCGGCGAGCCGCCAUUUGUUCUCUCUUUGGAGUAUCUUAGAGAAGGUUCCGGAAGCUUUCGCGCAUAUUAUCAGACGACAUGAUAAAUUCAUGACUAAGUUCUACAAGUGUAUUUAUAAGUCGUUAACAGACGAACAGUUCGAUAUGAGAUGGUGGAAACUCGUGGGGAGAUUCGAGCUUCAGGAGAACGAAUGGUUUCAUUCGUUAUACGAAGAUCGAAAAAAGUGGGUCCCGUCGUUUAUGCGGGAAGUUUUUUUAGCGGGAAUGUCUACGCCUCAACGUGGCGAAAGUGUGAAUUCUUUUUUCGAUAAAUAUAUUCACAAAAAAGUUACGUUAAAAGAAUUUGUGAAACAAUACGCGACCAUUUUACAAAACCGAUAUGACGAAGAGGCGUUAGCGGAUUUCGACACGUGGCAUAAACAACCCGCGUUGAAAUCACCUUCACCAUGGGAAAAACAAAUGUCUAGUGUUUACACUCAUACAAUUUUUAAAAAAUUUCAAGUUGAGGUUUUGGGGGUUGUUGGGUGUCAUCCUAAAAAAGAACGUGAAGACGGAUGCGUUACGAUAUAUACGGUUGAUGAUUGUGAAAAAAACGAAAGUUUUAAUGUUACAUGGGACGAAUCAAAAUCCGAGGUUUGGUGUUCUUGUUUGUUGUUUGAGUACAAAGGUUUUCUUUGUAGACACGCGAUGAUUGUUCUUCAAAUUUGUGGGCGUUCGAGCAUUCCCUCUUGUUAUAUUUUAAAAAGAUGGACGAAAGAUGCAAAGAAUGAUGAUCAGAAUAAAAAUGGGGUGAUGGAAAAAACACAAAAUCGGGUGCAAUUAUAUAAUGAUUUAUGUAAACACGCGAUUCAAUUGGGUGAAGAGGGAUCUUUAUGUGAAGAAAGUUAUGAUAUUGCGUUUCGUGCGCUUGUGGAUGCUUUAAAAGCAUGUGUGGAUGUGAACAAUAAAGAAUCUAGUAAUGGCACUGUUUUGAUACGAGAUGUUGAGGAUGAAAAUUUGGGAGGUGUUUCUGGAAACAAGAGUAAAAGAAAGAGCGUAAACAAGAAACGAAAGAUACAAUCAGAACCUGAACCUGUAAUGCUUGAGGCACGAGAUAGCUUGCAGCAAAUGGAAAGUAUGAGCUCAGAUGGAAUAACUCUUCAUGGGUAUUAUGGGGCCCAACAGAAUGUACAGGGACUGCUGCAGUUGAACUUGAUGGAACCACCUCAUGAUGGUUAUUAUGUUAAUCAACAAAGCAUGCAGGGACUGGGUCAAUUAAAUUCAUUGGCCCCAACGCAUGAUGGUUUCUUUGAGGCUCAACAAAGCAUCCAUGGUCUGGGGCAUUUGGAUUUUAGACCACCAAGUUUUGGAUACAGUAUGCAGGAUGAACCUAGUCUGCGAACUAAUCAGAUGAACAACAACCCGUCUAGACAUUCAUGAGACACACACACACUCGUCAUCUUUACCACAUUCUUUCAUGUUACAUAUGUAAGAAUCAAACCAAUUAGCUAGCAAUAUUCCUAGUAUUUUUAAUCUAACAUAUAUAUAUAUAUAUAUAUAUAUCAAAUUUGAUUUAUUUGUUGUAAUGUGAUUGGUAGUUUUUAUUUGCG